CUUCGUCAUCUUCGGAACAUUGCUGCAAGGAACAUCAUCAAUAAGAAUGGUUAUCGUCUCUUGGACACGUACUUUACUCUUCAUUUGUGUGAUAACACCAAGAUAUACAAAGAAUUCUAUAAGAGUGAGGUGAUCAAGAAUUCUCUGAAUCCAACGUGGAGGAGUCUGGACUUUGGAAUAAUGCCUGAUCGUCUUGAUACCUCUGUCUCUUGUUUUGUUGUGAGGAUCUGGGGUGGCAAGAAGGAGCAUUUCCAGCUUUUGAUUGAAUGGAAGGUCAAUCUAGAUGGCUUAAAAUACUUGGGCCAGCAGAUACAUGCCAGAAACCCAAAUGAGAUUAUUUUUGGUCUCAAUGAUGGUUACUACGGAGCUUCAUUUGAACAGAAGGAUCACUCAGGUACCCUGAAGAACAGUCUUCUCCAGGUGGAUCAAAACUGUGUUCGUAACUCUUACGAUGUCUUCUCUUUGCUUAGGCUUCACAGAGCCCAGUGUGCAAUUAAACAGACUCAGGUAACUGUUCAGAAGAUAGGGAGGGAGAUUGAAGAGAAGCUGAGAUGUACAUCUACAAGCAAUGAACUGAAAAAAGAGAGUGAAUGUUUACAGUUGAAGAUCCUGGUGCUACGUAAUGAACUGGAGAGGCAGAAGAAGGCCCUUGGUCAUGAAGUAGCCUUGUUGCAUAAGGAAAAAAAUGCUGUGCAUGACAGAAAAAACGCAUUUGAGACUGAAUAUCAGAAACUUCAAGAACAAAAUGAAUCCCUGCAUGAGUUAAGGAAGGAGUGCACUGCUAAGAGAGAACUGUUUUUGAAGACAAAUGCCCAGCAGACCAUUCGAUGCAAGCAGCUGCUGUCAGAGCUCUCCUAUAUCUACCCUAUUGAUCUGAAUGAUCAAAAGGAUUACUUUGUUUGUGGAGUCAAGCUUCCUAAUUCUGAAGACUUUCAAGCAAAAGAUGAUGGAAGCAUUGCUGUUGCCCUGGGCUACACCGCUCACUUGGUGUCAAUGAUCUCCUUCUUCUUACAAAUUCCACUCAGGUAUCCUAUCAUUCACAAGGGCUCCAGGUCUACAAUCAAAGAUAAUAUCAACGACAAACUAACGGAGAAGGAGCGAGAAUUUCCUUUAUAUCCAAAAGGAGGAGAGAAGCUUCAGUUUGAAUAUGGAGUGUAUCUUCUUAACAAGAAUAUAGCACAGCUUAGAUAUCAACAUGGGCUGAGUACUCCAGAUCUAAGGCAGACUCUUCCUAACCUGAAAAACUUCAUGGAGCUUGGACUAAUGGUUAGAUGUGAUAGACACCACACAUCCAGUGCCAUUCCAGUUCCAAAGAGACAGAGCUCAAGCUUCGGCAGAGUGGAUACCGGCUUUUCCAGUGGGAUUCCUUCUCCGGAGAAAGGACUCCGAAAACGAGCCAGCACGGGGAACGAAAGACUCCAGUACAAAACUACUCCUCCUAGUUACAACUCUGGUUUAACACAACCUGUUCCUGUCACAGCCCGGGUGGGAGAGUUAGAUAAAAAGCCUGGAUCUCUCUCUUCCUCCUUGGAUACCUCCAUGGACUCCUCGAAAGGAAAUCCCAAGAAAAGCGAGGACUCGUGUGGCAGUUUGAAUGGAGAAAAUGGGAACCUCAACAACCCCCAAGACCCUCAGGAGUCUUUCCUAGGACAAAGUAGUGCAAUAAAUGGGGCCUUUGUGGCUGCUGGGUGCUCUGGCACUGCAGGCAACGAGCAGCCCCGUGAGUUUCAUCCUCCCCUUGGCCCCGUCCCGUGUUGCACCGUGGAGCAAGCGGAGGAGAUCAUGGGGAUGGAAGCGACAGGGUUCACCACAGGAGAUCAGCUAGAAGACUUUAACUCCAUCCCGGUGGAACAUGCUGUGGCAGUGGAGUGUGAUGAACAAGUCCUGGGGGAGUUUGAGGAGUUCUCUCGAAGGAUCUAUGCACUGAAUGAGAACAUGUCCAGCUUCCGCAGGCCGCGCAAAAGCUCCGACAAGUGAGCUCGGACCAGGGAUUUGUUAGCAGACAUGGAGGUGAAAUCAGUGGGAUAGAGAUCAAAUUGCACUUAUUCUUUAUAUGAAUUAUAAAAAUAAAUAAAUAAAUUAAAAACUAAAGCUGUUCCUAUGGUGUUAGACAAACGGACUUGAGCACGAUAACACAGGAUCAUGGUAUAUUCACAGCCCAGGUAAAUUUGGAUUCUGCUCCCAAUCCUUUCUGGGUUUUCAUCUUCUGUUGGAGUAUUUUUCUUUCAAGCAUUGGAAUCCAUUUAUAAAAGGCUUUCCUGGAAA